AGACAUGGGGCCCACACCAUUAGAGGCAUUGUCUUCCAACCUUGGUGCUUAUUCAAAAUCAAAUUCUUCUCUGUAAAACAUCUUUGGACUCUGCUUAUCUUCGAAACAAAACCCUUCAAUGGAAGAAAAUACAGAAGACAGCGGAGGUUUCAGCGCCAUGAACGACGAAACCCUAAGUGAAGUCUUCUCUCAUCUCAAACCUUACUGCCUAGAGCUUCUCGAGCUUCUCCAAAACCCUAAAAAGAAUGUUAAAGCGGUUUCUGAACUGGCGGAAUUUCUUCGCCGAGCUCCACCUGAUGCUUUACAGCCAUUUCUUCACUAUAUAUUGUUCCCUUUGCUGCUUCUACUGGAUGCAGCAGUCAGUUGCAGAUCUGCACAAAAGGCUGAUUCUGAUACGAAAUCACCCAAUAUCCCCAAAAUGAUGAAUACUGUUAGUGAUAGUGUGGCAGAGGGUGUGCUUUUGUGUCUUGAGGAGCUUCUGAAAAAAUGUCAUUUAGGAUCAGUGAAUCAGAUGGUUGUUGUGCUGAAGAAAUUAACAUAUGGAGCUAUGCUUUCGCCAUCUGCGGCAGCAGAAGAAUUUCGAGAAGGAAUAGUUAGGUCACUCAGGGCAAUGCUUUUGAGACUACCACCAUGCUCCAUUGAGUCUUGCAUCUGUAAAAGGAUUCCUGGCUUGCCUGCUUCUAUAGAGAGCAGUGGUUUGCAAUUUCCACCUUUUAUUCCUUCCAAAUAUCACUCAGAACCAGAAGAGUGUUUACUUGCAUUUCUACAGUCUCAAAAUGCCUCUUCUGCUGUUGGACACUGGCUAUCACUUCUUCUCACGAUUGCAGAGAAUGAGGCUGUGCGAGGACAUCGUGGAAGUGCAAAGCUGCGUAUAGAAGCCUUUUUAACACUCCGUGUCCUUGUUUGCAAGGUUGGUACUGCAGAUGCACUAGCUUUCUUUUUACCUGGUGUUGUUAGUAAAUUUGCCAAGGUUUUACAUGUCUCAAGGAUAAUGAUAAGUGGUGCUGCUGGAAGUGUGGAAGCUGUUGAACAAGCACUAAGAGGUUUGGCUGAGUUCCUUAUGAUAGUUUUGGAGGAUGAGGCAAAUCUUUCUCGCUUUAAUAUGUCCAUCAAUGAUAUUAACGGAUUCUGCGAAGACAAAGAUAACUCUUCCCAGUCGCUUCUGGAGGCUCUUCGUCAUUUGUGUUCUAGUGCUGAACGUCAGACGGAGACAUUGACAGGAGCUUCAAUUGGUCAGACAGUUGCUACUGUUAGUACCAAAUUUGAUUUGAAAGAGAACAGAUCCCCUGAUUCUUCCAAUAUUACGGAAUCGUUUUAUGUGAAUCGUGUGGAAGGUUGGAUCGAAGAAACUUCUGUACAUGUGGAUAAAUUGUUAUCUGCAACAUUUCCUCAUCUUGUUAUUCAUCCUUCAAAGAAGGUCAGGCGAGCUCUAAUUGGUGCUAUUCAAGGACUGUUGUCAAAAUGCCAUAACACACUUAGGAAGAGCAGGUUGAUGCUUUUGGAAUGUUUAUGUGCCUUAGUUUGUGAUGAUUCAGAGGAGGUGUCUUUAGCUGCACAGGAAUUCCUUGAAUCUUUCUUCAUCUUGGAUGAGAGACAUCAUAUGGAAGGGGAGGUUGCUGCACUUCUUAGUAGGCUUCUUGAUAAACUUCCGAAAGUUGUUCUUGGAAGUGAUGAAACAAUUGCAGUGUCACACGCUCAGCGAUUGCUUGCUUUAAUCUAUUAUGCUGGUCCUCAGAUAGUCAUGGAUCAUUUUCUUUGUUCUCCAGUUGCAGCAGCUAGAUUACUGGAUGUUUUAGCACUCUGUCUAAGUCAAAAUUCAGUAUUUGCUGGCUCUCUUGGGAACCUUAUUUCAGCAAAGACAUCUUCAAUUGGGUAUUUGCACUCUGUUGCUGAGUUAAAACCUAGCAGGCUCCUCUGCAGUGCUGAUCAGGCUAUGAUAAUUGCUUCUCCAUCUGACAUUGCUCAGACCACAGGAUUUCAGGGUAAAGAUUUACAAAGUUCACAAGAAAUUGUAUGUAAAUAUUAUGUCCUUCCACGUAUGCCUCCUUGGUUCACCUGCAUCGGUAGUCAGAAAUUAUACAUGUUCCUUGCUGGAAUUGUAAGACUUACUGGUUUAUCUUUAAUAGCAGAUUCCAGACAUGAAGUGUCAUUAUCUAUUAUAACUGAUAUUCCAUUGCAUCAUUUGCGUAAGUUGAUAGCCGAGGUCAGAAUGAAGCAAUACUGUAAGGAAAGCUGGCACUCUUGGUAUGCCAGGACUGGUUCAGGACAGCUACUCCGUGAAGCAAGUACUGCAGUAUGCAUUCUCAACGAGAUGAUCUAUGGUAUGUCAGAACAAUCAAUUAAUACUUAUACAAGACUGUUUCAAAAGUCCAGAAUGAAAAGUGAAAAUACAAGAGGAUAUGUUGAUGUAAGAUAUGCUGAUAGUCAUCCUAACCAACAUGAAUGUGCUGCUUCUGAUAAAUCUGUUUGGAAGGUCUGUCAGGGGGAGGAUACAAGGAAUCAGUUGAUUGAUUGCAUUGGUCGCAUACUUAAUGAAUAUUUUUCUCCUGAAGUGUGGGAUCUUCCAAUAGAUCAGGAACAUUCUCUUCUAGAAACUGCGUGUGAAGCAGAAAAUAUUAAUCUGCAUCUUUUCCGUGAUACUGCAAUGCUACACCAGGUUAUUAUUGAUGGAAUAGGCAUUUUCAAUCUGUGUCUUGGAAAAGAUUUUGCUUCUAGUGGAUUUCUUCAUUCUUCUCUAUAUAUGUUACUUGAAAAUCUUAUCUGUUCAUGCUCUCAAAUAAGAAAUGCAUCUGAUGAUGUCUUACGUGUUCUUUCUGCUUCUUCUGGUUAUCCUACUGUAGGAUGUUUAGUUGUGGCUAAUGCAGACUACAUAAUUGAUUCGUUAUGUCGGCAACUUCGUCAUUUGGAUAUCAAUCCUCAUGUACCAAAUGUCCUUGCUACUAUGCUUUCUUAUAUAGGAGUAGCACAUGAAAUAUUGCCAUUACUGGAGGAGCCAAUGAGGUCUGUUUCCCUGGAGCUUGAAGUUCUUGGUAGGCAUCAGCACCCAGAUUUAACCAUGCCAUUUUUGAAGGCUGUGGCUGAAAUUGCAAAAGCAACAAAGCAUGAAGCUUGUCUGAUGCCAACUCAAGCAAAGUCCCUUUUUACUGAUGUCAAAUCUAAAGUGUCUCGUUUGGAGAAGACAAGAAAGGAUCACAAAAAUUUCAUUUCACAUGAUAAUGGUGAUACUGAAUUAUAUUCAAGAGAAUUAGAUACAGAUGCCUUGUCCAAUGAACUUGAUUUAAAUCUGGAGAAGUGGGAGAAAAUGUUGUUCCAGCUGAAUGAAUCCUGCAAUUAUAGACGGACAAUAGGAUCUCUUGCAAGCUCAUGCUUAGCUGCUGCCACCCCUUUACUUGCUUCAGUAAAGGACAAAGAAUGCCUGGUGACCCUGGACAUAGUCGAGGAUGGAAUUGUCACUCUAUCAAAAGUUGAAGAAGCCUACAAACAUGAGAGAGAAACAAAAGUAGCAAUUGAAAGAGCAAUUGAGCUUUGUUCCUUUCAUGAUUUUCAAGAUACUCUUGAUGCCUCCAAUGAAGGAACUGAUGAGAAUAGAUUGCUUCCAGCAAUGAAUAGAAUUUGGCCUUAUUUGGUUGCUUGUAUUAAAAAUACACAGCCAGUGGCUGUACGGAGAUGCUUGGCUGUGGUAAGCAAUGCAGUGCAAAUAUGUGGAGGGGAUUUCUUUUGCCGCCGGUUUCAAAAUGAUGGACGCCACUUCUGGAAAUUGCUAAUGACAUCUCCAUUUCAAGGGAAACUCAAAUUAAGAGAAGCUAUGCCAUUGCAACUUCCAUACAGAACUACAUCGUCAGAGGACCCAAUUGCUGAGGUUUCCAGUUUGAAGGUCCAAACAUCUGCUCUGCACAUGAUUGCUGAUCUAUCGAGGAACAAGAGAAGUGCUUCUGCUUUGGAAGUCGUCCUCAAGAAGGUUAGUGGCCUAGUUGUGGGGAUAGCUUGCAGCGGAGUUAUUGGCCUUCGUGACGCUUCCAUUAAUGCUUUGUUGGGGUUGGCAUGUAUUGACCCUGAUCUUAUUUGGCUUCUGUUGGCUGAUCUUUACUAUUCUUUGAAGAAGAAAGAAUUACCUUCACCACCCACAUCUGAUUUUCCGGAGAUCUUCCAUCUCUUACCACCUCCAUUGUCUUCCAAGGAUUUUCUUUAUGUGCAGUAUGGGGGAGAAAGUUUUGGUUUUGAUGUCAGCUUUUCUUCUGUGGAAAUCGUGUUCCAGAAGUUGCAUCAGGAGGUGUUUAAUUUGCAAAAUAUGCAGGCACUUCAAAUCCCAAAUCAAGGUGGAUCUAGGGGUACCUAAGCAGGUUAGUGACCAACAAUCUUCUGUAGUGUUUUUUUUUUUGUUGGAUCAGUAACAAUCAAAUUUUUAUUGAUAUGUAAACAGAGUGUACAGAUUUACAGGAUAAAGAAUGUAGACCAGCCCAACUGUCUACCCCCAAAUGUCUCACAUCAUGUUCCAGUAGGCACUGAAGUAUACAAAGAGGAAAUGUCCAAGAUGUUUCUCUUAUUUUUAUCCAUAAACUUGAAGCUCAA